AGUAAAGGGAAGUCGAAUGUAUUGAGUCGCGCUUAGAAUAGGCGAUACUCGUAUCCUUGCAAAGGAAUGUAGCUGCAGUAAUAUUUCUUUUAGGGAUGGAGCUCUGACUAAAAGAAGAUGACGGAACUGCACUUUCUCUUCUUCGACAACUCCAUGAUGAACAGCAUGAUGACCUCUUCUAUUUCCAACUGGCCGGAAAACACAACAGCUCAAAUAUAGUUCUUACCAGAUCAGAGUGUUGACAAUUAACUUUUGUACCUAUUAAGACUCCCCAUUGCAAUUUUUAUAGAGUUUGUUGCAUGAUCAAUUUAUUCCGAAAAACCCCACUUUCCACCUUUUUGAUCAUAUCAUAAGUUUCUGACAAAUUGAAAAAUGUUUUCGGCGUUGAAAAAGCUGGUGGGGUCUGAGCCGGGCCAGCUCAGGGACAAGAACAUUCCUGCUGGCCUACAGUCCAUGAACCAAAGUUUGCAAAGACGCUUCGCUAAAGGGGUCCAAUAUAAUAUGAAAAUCGUCAUCCGCGGCGAUCGGAACACUGGAAAGAGUACUUUAUGGUAUCGACUGCAGGGCAAGAAGUUUGUGGAAGAGUACAUCCCCACUCAGGAGAUACAAGCCACGAGCAUUCAUUGGAACUACAAAACUACUGAUGAUGUGGUCAAGGUCGAGGUGUGGGACGUGGUUGACAAAGGCCAAAAAUAUCCUCUUCCUGAAGGUGUAGGCAAAGGCAAAAAGCGUGGAGACAAUUUGAAACUGGAGAAUGAGCCACAAGAGUCAGAUGAAGUAGCCCUUGACGCGGAGUUUCUAGAUGUGUACAAGAAUUGCAAUGGAGUCAUCAUGAUGUUUGACAUUACCAAGCAAUGGACAUUUAACUACAUCUUAAGGGAACUUCCCAAAGUUCCUACUCAUGUACCAGUUUGUGUGCUCGGAAACCACAGAGACAUGGGUGAGCAUCGGGUCAUCCUCCCUGAUGAUAUAAGAGAGCUAAUUGCUGGACUAAACAGACCAAUGGGAUCAUCCUACAUCCACUAUGCUGAAUCCUCGAUGAAGAAUGGCUUCGGCCUCAAAUACUUGCACAGAUUUUUUAACAUCCCCUUCCUACAACUGCAGAGAGAGACCCUUCUGAGGCAACUGGAGACCAACCAGUUGGACAUGGAUGCCACCCUAGAAGAGCUUUGUGUGCAGCAGGAGACAGAAGAUCAAAAUUAUGAAAUCUUCCUGGAAAACUUAGAGUCUCGCAAUAAGGCCUAUGGCUCACCUGGUCCAGCCAAUGGUCAGAGUCCGUCCUCAGGCUCCCAGUCCCCCAUUGUUCCUCCGAGUGGGGCCUCCACGGGAAGCUCCAGCCCAAGCACACCUCAACCCCCAAUCCCUUCCCAGCCACUCUCACAGUCGCCUUCUGUGACGGCUUCUUCGGUCCCAGCUCUCGCUGCAGCCGUUGGCAGAGCAGCCUCGCCUUCCGCUGAGUUAAAGACUUCAGCGCAAUCACCAGAACACCUUCAGUCCUCCAUUGCGCCAGUAUCAGCCCCCCAGAAACGCAGCUUCAUGUCUCGAUGGUUUGGGUCAUCAUCGCCUGUCCCUGAAGCUUCUGUUAGUGCAGCAGAGGAUGUACCUGCACCAGUGUGUCCUACGGUAGUACAAAGCGUGGAUGACUUUGUGCCAGACGACAGACUGGACAAGAGUUUCCUCGAGGACAGUUUGCCCUCAAAGACAAAGGUGCCUCAGCCAGCUGCAGCAGUGGACAGUGACAGUGAUUUUGAAGACAGAGGAAACCCCAUGGUGUCUGGUUUCCAGGACGAGCUUGAUCCAGAUGACACGGAGCCCAGUCUUCCACAGCCUAAAACGCUGCCUCCCAACAAAGACAUCAUUCUGACCAGUGAUGAGGAUGACCAAACACUAAUAGCCCCUUCUGGUAAAAACCACCAUGACCUGGACAGUGAACCUGAACUAAAAACCUGCAUCAGCAAACCAAAGGUGGCAUCUAAGGCGUUAGAGCCCAGUGACCAAUCUGCUGCUCCCAUCUUCCUCACUUUAACUCCAACACAAGAACAGCCCACCCAGCAGCAUGGAAAAAAGAAAGGAGUCUUACCCAUUGCUGGUGACUCUGACACUGACCCUGAGGGCCCCGUGGCCCAACAGAUGCUCUCUUUUGUUGUGGAUGACCCUGACUUUGAGUCUGAUGCAUCAGACACACCAAAAAUAGUAAAGACUACAUUCCUUGCCAGGGAUGAUCUAUCUGACCUUUCAGAUGAUGACGUCCAGUCAGCCAAGGUGCCAAAACCUGUGAACCCCACUGUGAUCUCCUUUAAACAAAAGGAUGUGACUGAUCUUUUUGGUCUUGGCAUCCAAGAAGAACCUUCAGCAACCAAAGAGAGCAGUGAGGAGCACGAAGAGAAAGAAAGCAAAAACUCUUCCAAAGACAAGAAGAAAAAGAAGAAAAAAAGCAAAGAGGAAGAUGAAAAGAGUAAGAAGAAACAUAAACAUAAGAAAAAGGAAAAAGACGAAGCUGUUGAUGACAAAGAGAAAAAGAAGAAGAAAUCGAGGACCAAGAAAACAGAAAUGGAUGAGUUGGAAGACUUUCUAGGAGGCGGGUUGAGUUCCACCAAAAGAGAAGAUGGAGAUUAUGAAGAACUUUAGAAUAUCCUCUUCUAUUACUAAAAUGAACUUCAGAAUAACCGUGGCAAAGAGUGAGAUCACUACCCGGUUGCCCGACUUGUAUGUGCACAAAGUUGUAUCCCAAGCCAUACAAAAUGCAAUACAUGAGGCUACCAACAACCACCAAGUAAAAUCUCAGACACUCUGGAUGUGACACUGUUUGUUCUACUGGUCUGAUUGGGGUUUCCUUGACUGCAUUUACGUGGUGUCUUUCAUUCUAUUCAACUAGAAACAACAAGGAGACUACAAAAUGACCUUCGGUACAGCUGGGUUUUUUUUUCUUUCUUUAAUGUGAUUAAACAUUUGUGACGAUUUGAUACUCCUCAAGAAAUCCAUCUCCGGUUAGUCUCGAUAAUUAGGACAACCAAGACCAUUUUGUCUCAAUCUUGGUGUGGUUGGGAUAAUGUUUGCCAGCAUGCUCCAAGUAUCAAAUGCCUCCCCUUUUGUCUCUGUACUUGUGCUUUGACGUGUCACACCACAUUUUUUUCUUUCCAAGUUUACAACUGUAAAGUUAACCCAUGCAACAAUCUUCUUCUUUCCACCAUUGAGUAGCAUUUUACAGACUACUAACAUUGGAGUUUUUCUUCAGGUUUUUUUUUUUUUUUUACAGCAGCACCUUCCAUGAAAGUUAUUCCAGCUGGUCUUUGUCAUGCCACUCUAUGCAUGGGAAGAUGGAAAUAUAUGUGCAUUCUGCUAAUUUUGAUGGUUAUAUGUACAUAACUGACCUAAAACAAAUAACCUUAAAAAAAAAGAUACAAUCAUCAGUCUGUUUUGUAUCUCAUAGAAACAGCCGUUUAGAUUUCAAAUGAUCUCCAGGUCAAGAGUUUUAUAGUAGCCUGAAUCAAAGGUCAGACCAGCACAUGUUUUAUUUGUCACAACUUUAAGCAUUAGCUUAUGUCUUUCAUCUAAUUAAUGAUUUCCAUGCAUGAGUACAUACACUCUUGUCUACAGAAUUGUCUUAUGUCGACACCAUGGUGGACCAACCGAUUUAGUUGCCCUAAUUCUAAAAUUGGCUUGUUGUGUGUGACUGUAGCAAAACUGCAGUUGCCUGAUGUUUCUGUGAUCUUUUGAAGCAUCUUGCAGAAGAAUCAUCACUCGACUUAAAGCUUUUCUUGCAAGCAUUGUACACAUCUAAAUUCUGUUUUCUUUUGAUGCCUUAUCAGAGGUUACAAUGACUGGUGUGCCGCUAUGAACCAUUUUAAGUGUUCUUAAAUUCAUCUUAGAUCUGCAAUCAGAUUUGCACAUUUGCAGCUGAAUUUCCAUUUAUAACGGUUUUAAGAUUGCAGUGACCUAUUUACUAGGCUUCGUCUUUUGGUUUGUGUCCUUUCGUGUUUAUCUGUCUCUGCAUGUUGCAACAUUUCCAUUUCUAAUGAUCUGAUUACUUGUUAUGGUCUUGUUUUGCUACAAGGUGACACGGUUGUGUUAGUAUACAUUUUGGUGAAAACUCCAAAACAAAGCAGCUUUUCAUAUCUCUGUUUACAUUGCAAUGUUUUUCUCCUGUUCAAUUGUUUUAUUUCCACUUGUUUUAAGGAAUCAAGUGACUGUCAUGCCUGUAUGUUUCAGGGCAGAUUGGCUGCUUCUGAUAGAAUUUUACUGUAUCAUCUUAAGACUGCGUGUCUAAAAUACCUGUCUUUCAAAACAGUGGAGUACUAGAAAAAUUCUUUGUUUCCACCUCCUCGCCCACACUCCAAGUUUACACUCUAUUGGUUUAUUAAGUGUGUUUAAAACUCCACAGCUGCAACAAAACAGCAUUGGUUAUGUUUUUUUCCUUCUCCGAUUAAUAGAGGAUAAAUGCAGAAAGCAGUUUCAAGGAAGCAUGAAGCCUGUAUGUACAGCAAGAAAAUAACUUAUUAUGAAAUUAAUAUAUGACAAGUGUCACUGAUUUUCCAUCAAGUUGUUGUCGGCUGGAAAAAUGCGAGAUGAUCUCAUAUAACGAGUAAUAUUUUGUAGAACUGACAUGCACUUUGAAACUGUUUUUUCCCCCCCAAGUAUGAGGUUUCUUCCAAAUUUAAAUAGUGUAAUUUAGAAAAAAAUAAUCCCAUAAUUUUUUCCCUACUUCUUAAUGACAUGUUCCAUCUUUACACUGUGUGAGUUUGACAGUGUUGUCCAAUAAAUGCAAACAUAUUUCUGAA